GGAAAAAAAUAUUUGAUUCUGACGCUUGACUGGCUUGAGGUCCAACAUAUCGGGUAUGCAAGGUCCUGAGGUCGCCCCCCUCGAUUCAGCUUCUUGAUUCAAAAUGGCCGCGGAAGAAAGUGGCGGGAGUAGUUUAGAUCUAUCGCAGCUUCGAAAUCUUGUUCGUCAAUAUAUAGAUAAUCAUCUGUAUAAAACAGCUCAUUUUUGGGCAGAUAAAGUUUGUAGUUUGUCAAAUAAUAACGUUCAAGAUGUCUUGUGGUUAUCUCAUACACUGUUUCUUAUGAACCAAUAUUUGAGAGCUGCCCAACUUUUAAAAUCCAAAGGGUUGAUUGUUAUUAACGCGGUUGCAAAAUACUUGGCAGCAAAGUGUUAUUACGAAUGUAAGGACUGGAGAGCAGCACUAGAAGUUUUAGAUGGAGACAAUAGAGAACUUAAAAUUGACAAAUCUUUGGCAAGUAGUGUCCAAAACAGUAGUAAUAAUGGUGAAGACUUUUCUGUUGUUUUUUCUGCUGUUGGUGGUGGACGUAAAAUUGAAAGCGCUACUGCAUUAUUAAGGGGCAUGGUGUAUGAGGCAUUAGAGAAUCGUGAAAUUGCUUUCCAAUGUUACAAAGAUGCAUUACAGCAUGAUGUUUAUUGUUAUGAAGCACUUGACAAGCUUGUGUCACACUGCUCCCUUACCUCAUCUGAAGAAAUACAGUUAUUAGAAGCCCUUCCGUACUCCCAUCAAUGCAGUCCUGAGGAAGCAAAGCUUGUCCGAUUUGCAUAUGAAUGUAAAAUUAAUAAAUAUGCUAAACCGAUUGAACCAAAGCUUCCACCAUACCUUGUACCUCUUCACAAUAACUUGGAUUAUGUAGUAUCUUUGGCGGAAAAACAUUUUAACAAUUGCAAUUAUAGAGAAUCCUUUAAGUAUUCUUCCAUUGUGAUAAAAGAUGAUCCAUUACAUGAAUCUUGUUUGCCAUUAUAUAUUUCCUGCUUGGUGGAAUUGAGAGAGAAAAACGAUUUAUAUAAUGUUGCACAUCGACUUGUCAAUACCUACCCAGCAAAGUCAGUGUCUUGGUAUGCCAUAGGUGCUUACUAUUUAUUAAUCAAGAAAAAUGAAGCUGCCAGAAAAUAUUUUAGCAAGGCAACAGCUAUUGAUUACAAUUUUGGACCAGCUUGGUUAGGAUUUGCCCAUAGUUUUGCUUGUGAAGGCGAAAGAGAUCAAGCAAUAUCUGCAUAUUACAGUGCUUCAAAAUACAUGCCUGGUUCCCACCUACCAUAUCUUUACCUUGGCCUGGAGUAUUCCCUUUCUAACAAUGUGAAGCUUGCAGCAAAGUUUUACAAGGAAGCACUUGCUAUAGCUCCUGAUGAUCCGCAUAUUAGACACGAACUUGGAAACUUGGCCUAUCAGAAUGGCGAGUAUGAACAAGCAGAAACGUAUUUCUUUGAGUCUUUAAAGCGUAUGCACACUAUUGAAAAUGACAUUGUGUCAGAUAUGUGGGAACCACUUUACAAUAACAUUGGUCAUACUCUACGCAAACUGAAGAAAUACAGCGAAUCACUUGACUUUCAUCAAAAAGCACUGCUAUUGAACCCAAGAAAUGCAAGCACGUGUUCAUCAAUUGGUUUAUGCCUGAUGUUACUUGAACAGUAUGAUGAAGCUAUCGUAAUGUUCCAUAGAGCACUCAGUUUGAAGCGAGAAGACACAAUGACAAUUGAUCUACUUAGACUUGCUAUGGUUUGUUUGUCUGGAUUUGAUUUUAAUUUAAAUCCUGAGCAAAAACAAAGUAAUCCCGCAACCGAUGUGUUGAUGAAAAAUGAAAGUAUAACUAAUUCAAUGAUUGAUCUGAGUUGUGAUUCAAAAAGUUUAAGUUUCAAUAAUUUAACUAAUGAAAGUGAUGUGAUGGAUUCAUCCCAAAUGUCCAUGGAAAUGUCAAAUGUUAGCACGCCUAUGUAGAUUUUUGUUUUCUAUAGAAUUAGAUUUUCCUAAAUUGUUUCA